GCCCCGUCCCGCGUGCAUGAUCACCGACUCGUGCAACCCAUGGACGGCAGAUGUCGCUCGUGAGUUCCGGAUGCCACGGUUCAUCUUUCACGGGCCUUCUUGCUUCGUCCUUCUAUGCUUCAUUCUCAUGUUACAACACGGGAUCUACGACCGCAUAACCGAUGAUUUCGAGCCCAUCCUCGUACCUGGGAUGCCGCAACCUGUCGAGGUCACCAAAGCCCAGGCACCAGGAUUCUUCAAUAUGCCAGGGUGGGAAAAGCUUCGAUCGGAGGUUUUCGAAGCAGAGUCGACGGCGGAUGGGGUGGUGAUGAACACUUUUGAUGAUCUGGAGCAUUCAUUUAUUGAGCUUUACAGGAAGGUGACGGGAAAGAAUGUCUGCACUAUCGGGCCAUUAUCUCUCUGCAACAAGGAUCUUGACGACAAGGCUGCGAGAGGGAACAAGUCUUCUAUCGACCACCACCGAGUUCAAAGUUGGCUCGACUCGAGGGAGCCAAAGUCCGUACUCUACGUUAACUUUGGUAGCAUUGCGCGGACGCGCCGUUCCCAACUCAUUGAAAUGGGGUGCGGUUUGGAGGAAUCCAACCAGCCCUUCAUCUGGGUGAUCAAGGAUGUGGAGAGGACGCCGGAGGUGGACAAAUGGUUGUCGGAGGGAUUCGAGGAGAGGGUAAGCACCAGGGGUCUUGUAAUUAAGGGGUGGGCGCCGCAGGUGGUCAUCUUGUCUCACCCUGCUAUAGGAGGAUUUAUGACGCACUGUGGAUGGAACUCGGUGCUGGAGGCCGUGUCCGCGGGCGUGCCAAUGAUAACAUGGCCUUAUUUUGCAGACCAAUUUAUCAACGAGAAGCUGGUUGUGAAUGUGUUGGGCAUUGGCGUGGCAAUUGGGGUGAAAGUGCCCAUCUUCUAUUUCAGUGACGAUGGUCCACCGGCAGUGAAGAGGGAUGACAUAGGGAAAGCAGUCUCUAGGUUGAUGGACAAAGGGGAGGAGGGUGAAGAGAGAAGAAAGAUGGCCAAGGAGCUGGCUGGAAAGGCUGUGAGGGCAGUGGAAGAUGGAGGGUCAUCCACGGAGAACAUAGCACGCUUGUUUCAGUACGUCCUCGAGCAUGGAAACAACGAUUCUGAAGAUAAAAAACACAAUAUUUGA